AAGGCCUCCUGGCUCAAGAGGCUCCGGCUCCUCUCGGGAAGUCCCCGGCGCGCGCGAGCGGCCAGCUCCAGCAGGGAUGGGCGAGCUGUCCCAGGAGGUGGACGAUCUCCUGUACGACCAGGGGAACUUCAACUUCCUCGACGAGUUCAACACCCAAGGUUCCCAGUUCGAGGGACUGAGCCAGAACACGAAUGAUCACUACGAGGGCACCCAGAGCACCUUGCACGGACGAAAGUCCGCGCCGUCUUCCCAGCUGGACGACCGCGGGGGCUUGUCGCAGGGGGAGCCUGUGGUCUCACUGCUGGACCAGACGACCGCGGAGCUCAAGUUUGACGACCUUGACGACAUGGCCGAGGAGUUCGAGAACACCUUCGACCCGAAGAACCUGCCUGAGUACGCGUGCAGAUACUGCGGGAUCCACGACCCCGCCAGCGUCAUGAAGUGCCGCGGCGACGGCAAGUGGUUCUGCAACAGCCGGCUGCCAGGUCUGCCCAGCAGCUGCAUCAUCCUCCACCUGGUCCGCGCGAAGCAGAAGGAGGUGCAGCUGCAUCCAGAGAGCCCGCUGGGAGAGAUCACGCUGGAGUGCUACAACUGCGGCCAGCGGAGCUGCUUCCUCCUGGGGUUCAUCGCGGCGAAGAGCGACUCGGUGGUCGUCCUCCUGUGCCGCGUUUGCCUCUCGAACAACGCCCUGAAAGACUCGAACUGGGACCUGGGCCAGUGGCAGCCGCUCAUAGAGGACCGCGCCUUCCUCCCGUGGCUUGUGAAGGUCCCAGACGCCAAGGACCAGAUGCGUUCCUGGCACAUCACGGCGGCACAGGUGAACAAGCUGGAGGAGAUGUGGAAGACCAACCCCGACGCCACCCUCGAGGACAUAGACGGCAAGGCCGGGCCAGGGCUGGAGGACGACCCGCAGCCCGUGAUGCUGCGGUAUGAGGAUGCGUAUCAGUAUCAGCAUGUCUUCGCGCCCUUGGUGAAGAUGGAGGCCGACUACGACAGGAGGGUCAAGGAGUCGCACACACAGGAGAACAUUGUUGUGCGAUGGGACAUCGGUC